AGAGGUAUUUUUUUACAAAAAAAUAACUCAAAAAUUAACUGAAAAUCUCAAGUGAAAUAUUGUGUUUUGUUGUUAGUAUUUCGUGUCUGUCCAGCCACAGUUUGUCAGUCACUGGUGCCCUUGUUUCUCAUGAACGGAAAAACGUGACCGGAAAAGCCUUUGAACACCAGUAAACUCUGAACGCUUUAGAGUACGAAAUAUUUUUAAUGAAUCUUUGGGUUGAUUUAAAGUACACUGAUUGCUGUAAUUUAAAAUUGAAAGCAACGUUAUAUGUUUAUGUUCUGUUAUCUCAGUGAAUCCUAGCAUGCUUGCCAGUUGCUGGCGCCCGCUUGUUGAAACUAUAAUGGAAAAAAUACUUAAAAUUUAUUGUAAAGUGGUACGCCAGUUUAAGGAAACUGGUCAAUUCGAUGACCAGAAGCAAGAAGGCGAAAGACUAAACUGUAUCACAGUGCAGUCCAGUACGGUGAAUGUUACACUGUAAAUGUUUUGUUUUCAUUACACACACUUUUAGUAUUUUGUUCUCAUUACACGCACUUAAUGAGUUCCAGUUGAAAGACUGCGAGUAAUUUUACACGCAAUAUCACGUCUACUGCGUGUAAUUACACGCAUGUAAUUACACGCAUUUUCGUGUAUUUGUGUGUAAGGUGCGUGGACACUGCGUGUAAUGUGCGUGAAGUACACACACUUUACGUGCGUGUAAUGCUGCAAUCCCUUUAACCAGUACUGUACACGCUUAAAUACACCAUACAUGAAAUCUUGAAUACUGAGAUAUAUACUUCAAACACUUUCUACAUUGUAGAACUUUUGAGAUCAGUCACCUCUAGCUAUGAACACUUUGAAGAAACCAGUGAUAAUAAUGAUAAUUGUACCAAUGACAAUAUUCAAAAAUAAAUAUGUAGGAAAUACAAUGACUAGCAAGAUGAUAUCCAUCCUUUUAAGCUAAUACCCUAGAAUCACUCAUUUUGUUAGUUUUGUUUCGUGAUAAUUCCCUGGUAAAUGUUCAUAUACUGCAUGUGACUGUUUUGUACAUGCAUUCUAAUAAGUAUUUUAAACUAACAAUACUGAUUACUUCGUGGAUACAUGUUUUGUUUUUCUAACUUCAUUGGCCCUUUCCUUUCACAGCAAGCUGUAUUGUUGUUCAGUGAGACAUGCAUGUCAAACAAAGCCAUAUUGGGAGCUAUACACACCAUAUUGUAAUCGGUUUCUGUUGCAUGAGGCUGAAAGCCUAGAACUUUUUGUAUAUGAAAUCCAAGUACUGCAGACAGCAGUAGGUAUCGUUAGAUUCUCAGCAACUUUCAAUGAUCAAGCAACAACAGUUAAUUUCCACGAUUUGGAUGAGGUUCAUUUUUGUGUGAUCUGACCUCAGUUGUUUCUGCAACUGCUAUAAAAAUAGCAAUUGAUGUAUUGGAAGUUAAACGUAAAAAUAUCACAAGGGAUUCAAGGCAGCACAGGAAAGGCUGAGUUUCGGACAAAGUACCAUCCUAAGGAGGCAGCACUGCGCCAGAAAGAAUACAAGAAAUCACUGAAACGUCGUCUUUCUGUCUUUGUAAACUUGCUGAAGUCAGGCAAGGCUGACAGUUUAUCACUGGAUAUUGAUAACUCUGAAGCCAUCAUUAAACUUCUUGAUGCAGUUGUUAUCAAGUUAGAAGGAGGUACAGACAGUGAUUUGGCUGUGUUGGACUGUCCACCCACUCCCCCUCCUGAACGAAGGCGGUCUUCGUCUAACCCUUUGAUGUCUCCACAUGCUGAUGACAUGACAGAUUUGUCAGCUGAAGGGAAGAAGGAAGGGACUACUGACUUGUCAACAGAACCAGCAGCUCUCCAGACUGGCAAGGACAACAAAAAUGAUAACAUUACUGAGGCUGGCCCUGUAUCCCCAUCAGCUGUUCCUCUACCUUCUGCCCCUCCACCAGCAUCAGUAAAAGCAGCAUCAAAAAAGAAAGAGAAUGGAGGUGUGAAGGUUAUGUCUGUGGCUAAUCCAUCACCUGAACAACAAAAACUGCAGCAGCAGGCCCAAGAGUACUAUCACCAACAACAGCUCUAUUACCAGCAACAGUACUAUGGUAACUAUGAUGCUCAACAGAAACAACAACAAGACCAAUACUCUAACAAAUAUUCACAGAAUCAACAACAACUACCACAGACAUCCCAACCAAACAAGGAUCAAUCUGCCCAACACCAAGCUACUAAAAAGGAGGAUGAGCAAAAAAAGAAGCGUAAACGACGUCAUCGUGAACCUUAUUAUUAUGAUGCUAUGGAUGACGAUGAAAGUGAAAGUGAGUCAGAAUCUGACUCAGAACCUGAGCCUGCUCCCCCUGGGGAAGAAAUGUCACCAAUGGAGACUGGAAAAGAGGAUGAGCUGUUGCCCCCAGGGGUAGAGGCUGAGGCACCAAGUGUAGAGGAGAAUUUGCUUCCACCAGGAGUGGAUGACCCAAAAACAUGUCAAGUUGAAACCAGUGUUCAGCUUCCAACAAGCUCAUCAAGUGCUGAAAAGCAGUCCAUGUCAUCAACAGAAGAAAAACCAGAUUCCUGUGAGCCCUCAGUUGAUUCUAGUCAGCCAGAGACCAGCACAAGUAGUAAUGGUGCAAAGACAGAAGAAGAAUCACUUGCUGUGGUUGAAAGCAGCAGAAAACCAGAAAUGUCAGAUGAUACAGCUGCAGAUUCAACUCAAGGUCCACACAAAAAAGAAACCAAGCAAACUUUCCAGGCUGAAACAAGUAGCAGAGAGCAGGCAGAAAGCAGCUCUUCACUCCCAGAAAAAGAUGCAGACCAAGUUGGUAGUACUGAUAAUGGCAUCACUGGAGUGAAGAGAGAUGAAGAUGUUGAGAUGCUUCCAGAAUCAAGCAGCAGUGAGGCACAAGGGAAGGAGGUAUUGCCUAUGGAGGCUAAACCUUCAAGUGCAUCUCCUCUCCAAGCUGAACAAGCUGAACCAGUUGAACAGAUGGCGUCACAAGUUGAUCCAGUCAAGGUAGAAAAAACAGUAGAAGACUCAAACAAAAUUUCAGAGAAGAGGGAAGUUGUUGAAGAAACAAGCCCCAUUAAGGAAUCGUCAAAAGACGGCAAAGAAAAUGCAGUUGAGGAAAAGGAGAAAGAUACAACAGAAGAUGGGGAGGAAGGGGAAGAAAUUGAUGGUGAUGAAGGAAAUCAGCUUUCCAUCACAGCAGGACCACGGGCACUGCACAAAACAUUCUCUCUGUUCAUGAGGAGUAUUCCUCCAAACAUAUCAAAAGCUGACAUUGCAGCUGUGUGUAAAAGAUUCGCUGGAUAUCUUCGAGUUGCUCUCUCAGAUCCCAGUCCUGACAGAAAAUUCUUCAGACGAGGAUGGAUCACUUUUGAUCGAAGUGUAAACAUAAAAGAAAUUUGCUGGGAUUUGAAUAACAUUCGGGUGAAAGAUGUCGAGUUGAGCCCAGUAGUGAACAGGGAUCUUUCUCGUCGAGUUCGAGCAGUUGCUGGUGCUGCUACAACAAAACAAGUCAUUCGUGAUGACAUCAAACUAGCAGCCAGGCUCAUCCGCAUACUGGACAAGCGAUCUACACUGUAUGAGAAAGAGAGCAAGGAGGAGACUGAGGCGAGAAAGAAAGCCGAGAAAGAAGCUGCUGAGAGGACAGAGGAGGGUGAAGAAUGUGAAGCUAAACCUGUUGAUGAUUCUGAAAUACCCAACCUUCCAAGUGAAAACCCUAUUUUAGCCUCACUUUCAGAAGAUGCAACUGAGGAGGAAGAAGGCGAGGAGAUGGAACUGAUGGGAACAGCCUCGCCACAUCAGGGGGAGCCUGGGGAGAAACUUGAGGUAGAUUUAUCACGUGACAACAGCCUAUUGCGGGUAUUGGAUCGUUUGAUUUUAUACCUGAGGGUGGUUCAUUCUCUGGAUUAUUACAACGGCUCUGACUAUCCUUAUGAAGAUGAAAUGCCUAACAGAUGUGGCAUUAUCCAUGUGCGAGGAACAACUCCUGACAAGUGCACAUUGACUGAAGUUCAAGAAUGGCAAAACGGUUUAAACCAGAAGCUUGAACCAUUUCUGCAAGAGAAAGAAUUACUCAAAGAUGAAGAAGUUGUACAGCUUGGAAAAAAGGAUCCUGAAGCUGAAACAAAUAAGUUUGUGGAAGCAAACACUCAGGAACUGGCAAAGGACAAGUGGCUCUGUCCGCUAAGUGGAAAGAAAUUCAGAGGACCAGACUUUGUUCGUAAGCACAUCUUCAACAAACACAUGGAUAAAGUAGACGCUGUUAGGAUGGAGGCGGAAUUUUUCAAUAGCUAUUUAUCAGACCCUAGACGGCCACAAGUCCCUGAAGGACCUUCACCGCAACGACCGCCGGGAAAUCACGUGGGGCAGAUGUAUGGACAUCAAGGCGCGCAAUCGAUGAUGGGAUGGGCUCCCAGACCUCAAAUGAUGAUGUAUGGUCCUCGCGGUCCGUAUACUCCCCCGACCUAUGGAGGGUAUGGACAUGAAAUGUAUGGCAGAGGACAUACUUUUCCCCCGAAACCAAGAAGAUUUGGGUACGGCGCAGGACGAAAUAAACCGAGCGACAGGGGCGGUUUCCAUCGUGAUCCAAGACAGAUUGUACAAUAUAAAGACUUGGAUGCCCCAGAUGACGCUGAUGCCUUCUGAAGUGAUUUCGUCAUUUUGCAUGUUCAACCGGCUCGCUUUAUUGUCAAGAAAAUGUCACCCGGCGAAAUCAGUGUAUUUAUCUGUCCUUAAAUAUAAGAUCACUGAACCGAAAAAAAAAUAUUUCAGCUCUUAGCCUUAAAAUACAGUAACUACGGUAGGCCUGUCAAAUAUCUACAGCUUGUCUUAGUUAGGCUAAGUAGUCUGUUUUUACGUAUCUGUAAUUAGUUUAGGGCUAGUUACUCUUGUUAACAUCGAAAACAAGACCAAUGGUACAAUAAAGGAUCGUCCAUGUUACUAA